AUGCAACGUGCUUCAGGAGAUCUUGCUAUGACAGCGGAGAAACACCUUCAGUCUGAUUGUGAUGAUGUUCAAGAAGUAGCCGAAGAGAAAACGAAGCUUACGGGUCGUAAAAGGAGAAUCCCAUCACCUAGCCAGAAAGAAAAUCACUACGCCGUUGCUAUUGUGCCGAAAACCUCACUGAAUUCUCUUAACCAUGUUGACGAUCGUAGUGCACGUGUAGAAAGUCCUGUCAACAAGAUGCUGCAACUCCCAGAGGUCAGAAUGGUGGGUCGUCUAACGGCGUUGCGAUGUCAACCACGCCUAACUGAUGAGCGCGUUGAAACAGAGGUAUUCGUAAAGCGCCAUGAAAAACUUGAGAAGGAAGAAAAACAAAUCUUAAGAAGACAUGAUUUAGUGGUAAACUUGGAUAAUUGGAAGGAACGGACUCCAGCGAAUUUGCGGAGUGAUGACAUUGUAGACAUCCCUAGUCAAGUUCAGUAG